GAUGUUCUGGCCUCAGACACACCAAUACCUCCCUCCUCCUUAUAGUGGCGCCAGCGAAGGGAGUGUCCAGCAGCCGCCACUGGCGCUUGGGCCUGGAGAGUACAGGGUGCUGUUGUGUGUGGACGUUGGCGAAGCCAAGGGGGCGGGGCACAGGUCAGAGCUGCUCCUCGAGCUACAGCGGCUGCAUGUGACCCACACAGUGCGCAAGCUGCACGUUGGGGACUUUGUGUGGGUGGCUCAAGAGACCAGGCCCAGAGACCCAGCAGCAAGACCUAAGGAGCUCGUCCUGGACCACAUCGUGGAGCGCAAGCGGCUGGACGACCUCUGUAGCAGCAUCAUAGAUGGGCGCUUCCGCGAGCAGAAGUUCCGGCUGAAGCGCUGCGGCCUGGGCCACCGAGUGUACCUGGUGGAGGAGCACGGCUCGGCGGACCACCUCAGCCUUCCUGAGAGCACGCUGCUGCAGGCUGUCACCAACACUCAGGUCAUCGAUGGCUUCUUUGUGAAGCGCACGGCGGACAUUAAGGAGUCAGCUGCCUACCUGGCCCUCUUGACUCAGGGCCUGCAGAGACUCUACCAGGGCCGUACCCUCUGCAGUCGCCCCUGGGGACCCUCAGGGGACCCUGACUCAAGGCCUGGGUCCUCCCCAGAUCCUCUCUGCUCACUCCUCACCUUCAAUGACUUCAACGCAGGAGCCAUCAAGAACAAGGCCCAGUCUGUGCGGGAGGUGUUCGCCCGGCAGCUGAUGCAGGUGCGCGGGGUGAGUGGGGAGAAGGCAGCAGCCAUAAUGGACCAGUACGGCACCCCUGCCAGCCUGCUGGCCGCCUAUGACGCCUGUGCCAGCCCCAAGGAACAGGACAUGCUGCUGAGCACCAUCAAGUGUGGCCCACUGCAGAGGAAUCUGGGGCCCGCUCUGAGCAGGACCUUCUCCCAACUCUACUGCUGCUACGGCCCCCUGACCUGAGCUGUGCCACGAGGCUGACUCCACCCCCGCCCACCUUCACAGGCCAGCCAGCCUUUUAAUCAGAAUCUGUUGGGCUACAAUAAAAAUAUAAGUAUUUGCA